CCUAACAUUCACAGGCAAGAUGGCGCUGACUUUGAGGAAUGGAUAUCUGGAGAUGCUGAAAACGUGUUGGAGAUUACAAGCACAUCAUGUUAAGAUUCCUGUUCUUAAUCAAAUGGGACUUCUGUGUCCUGCCCUAGCACGUCACCGAAGUUCUCAGAGCAUCAAAUUACCAUCAAGCAGUUAUGUACCACAGACGUCCUUAUCCAGACCCUUGUGGCCAGAAGUGUCCCAAAUCACCCCUGAAGAAGAGGAGAGGCAGCACAAAGUGGUUGUAGAAAAUGUGAACAGUCUUCUUGCAAAGGAAGACUAUGGAAGACUUUUUGCAGUUGUCCAUUUUGCAAGUCGACAGUGGAAAGUGACAAAUGAAGACCUGAUCUUAAUUGAAAACCACAUUGAUGCUGAAUGUGGUGACCGGAUUACUCUUGAGAAGGUGCUGCUGGUUGGUGGAGAAGAGUUCACACUGAUUGGGAGGCCCCUACUCGGUCGUGAUUUGGUCAGAGUAGAGGCAACUGUCAUUGAGAAGACUGAAUCCUGGCCAAAAGUUCACAUGCGGUUCUGGAAAAGACACAGAUACCAGAAGAAAAGAAUUAUUGUGCAACCACAGACAGUGCUUCGGAUCAACACAAUUGAAGUUGCUCCCAGAUUGACAUGAUGCUAUAUGUUUUGAAUUGUAAAUAAAGUUUUGGCCAGUGAAUGUGCCACUGAAAUUGGGAACAUGUGCUCCGUAUGAAAAUAUAAUGGGAAAAUUUGUUUAUGGACAACAUUUGGUAUCUUUCAAGUGAAUCUUUGUAAAUGUACAUUUUUUAAAAAUGUAAUCAGAUGUGCUAUAUAAGUACAAUUAAAGCAAUUGUUUAUGAAUCUGUUAUGAAA